CUACUCUACUACUCCUACUUCUACUUCUUACUACCGUAAUCUACUAGUGACUAGCAUGAAGACUGUUCUCAUCACCGGCUGCUCAGACGGAGGCAUCGGCGAAUCCCUCGCUCUCGAAUUCGCCAACAGGGGAUGCCACGUCUUUGCAACGGCGAGAAAGGUCGAAAACAUGGGCAACCUGAGCCAUGUCCCCACCAUCACCUUGCUCGCCCUCGACGUCAACGAUAAAAAAUCCAUCGAAGAAUGUCGCGCAUAUGUCGAGAAGUCAACAGCAGGCAGGCUAGACUUCCUGGUUCAAAAUGCAGGCAUCAGUUACACAGGCCCAGCGGUCGAACUCGAUGUCGAUGUCUGCAGGGAGUUGAUGGAGACAAACUUCUUUGCCGUGAUGGAGAUGAACAAGGCAUUCAUCAAGAUGCUUGUUGCUGCAAAAGGAACAAUCCUAGCAACCGGCAGUGUCGCAGGCAUUAUCCCGACUCCAUGGGGUAGUAUCUAUCAUGCAUCCAAAGCAGCGUUGCAUAUGCUCUUGGACUGCAUGCGCAUCGAAUUGGAACCACUUGGCGUCAAGGUUGUGACGGCUGUGACGGGCGGAGUGCAAUCCAACAUUGUCGUCAAUGCUACAUCGCGCUUCAAAUUACUCGAAGAUACACUGUAUGCGCCUGUUCGCGAUAUGAUUGAGAAGAGGUUGAAUACGUCUCAAAGUACAGGUACUUGUCAACGACCUGAUUAUGCACGCUAUGUUGUCAACCUAGUCAUGAGGCCUUCACCACCUCCCCGUAUCUGGAAGGGAGCGUUUGCAACCAUGAUCUGGUUUUUGAAUGCAUUCACGCCUUAUUGGUUGAUUGCGUCCAUCAUGUCGCGACGAUUCGGUAUGGACAAGAUGAAGGAGGCCUUCAACAAACGCAAGAUUCAGUGAGCUAUAGAUUGUUAUUGAGAUGUACAUUGUGGGCGUUAGUUGUAGGUUCGUAGAUUGUAUGCUUCUGACAGUGCUCCUCACCGGGAAGCUUGCAACGCAUCAGGCAUAGCUGCACUCUGUAAAUUGCUCCGGUGACGGU